AUGUUUGGGUAUAGCAAAGAGGCUGUUAGAGUGAAAGUGAAGAAGUGUGAAGGCAAGCUACAGCCCGAACUGAGGAAGUUUUCGGUUGAUCCCCAGAUAACCUCUCUGGAGGUUUUACAAAGCAUUUUAGUAAAAGCAUUUGACAUCAAGUCUGACUUCACACUGUCAUACCGGACUGCUGAUGACUAUGGUCAGGAGAUCUUCUUGCCACUGCUUUCUGACUGGGAUUUGGAUGCUGCUUUUCUCAAGGCGCAUAAUAUAGCUCAAACUCAGCGCUCGGAGCCAUGCGUCCAGCUCCGCGUAGACAUGAAGCCGUUUGCAGAGGCGUCCGAGGACUGGGAGCCGCCCGGUCUCAGCCCGGCGCCACGCGAGCCGCCGCCCACCGUGGCGCCUGCGCCGCAUCAGCCAGAGAAGCAGGAAGUGCCCACUGGCUUACAGGGGCUGUUUAUGAAUCAGGUCGAGAAGACGUUCAACAUGGUGUCUCGCGCGCUGAACCUGUACGAGGACCCGAACACGCCGCCGCGCGCGCCGCUCUCUGACAGCGAGUUCCGCACCUUCCUCGACGCGGUCGGACAGAUCACCAACACUACCAAGCUGAGAGAAGCCAUUUAUUGCGGCGGGAUAGACCCUAGUUUAAGGAAAGUAGUUUGGAAACACAUACUGAACGUGUAUCCGGAUGGAAUGACGGGCAAGGAACGAAUGGACUACAUAAAGAGGAAAGCCAACGAAUACUACACUCUCAGAGCACGGUGGAAAGACUGCAUACAGAAAGGAAUAGUGAACGCCGACUUGGCGUACGUGACGAGUAUGGUUCGCAAAGACGUGUUGCGCACAGACAGGCACCACAACUUCUACGCCGGCAGCGACGAUAAUCAAAAUAUAGCUUCACUCUUCAAUAUUUUAACCACGUACGCACUGCAGCACCCGCGCGUGUCGUACUGCCAGGGCAUGUCGGACCUGGCCUCGCCGCUGCUGGUGACCAUGGGCGACGAGGCGCACGCCUACAUCUGCCUGUGCGCGCUCAUGGCUCGCCUGCACUGCAACUUCCUGCUCGACGGGGAGACCAUGACGCUCAAGUUCGCGCACCUCACCGAGGCGCUGCAGGUACCUGUGUAG